ACUCAGUCUGCAGAACCAUGCUGCCCAAAGCUCUACUCUCCCGGGGCGCCGCUCUGGCCGCCCUGGACCUCUCCCUGCCCGUCCGCACGGCCCAGCGGGCAGCCUCCUCCGUCACCAUCCCGCCACCAGCCUGCAUGCUGCAGCCACUGGAGGUGCCCACCCGCUACCUGUUCGGCCCCGGGCCCUCAAACGUGUCCCCUCGGGUACUGGCUGCAGGAGGGAGGCCCAUCAUCGGACAUCUGCACCCAGAGAUGUACCAGAUUAUGAAUGACAUCAAGAAGGGAAUCCAGUACGCGUUUCAGACCAGUAAUAACAUGACCCUGUCCAUGAGCGGCUCGGGACACACAGCGAUGGAGUGCGCGGUGUUUAACACAGUGGAGCCCGGCGAGAGUGUGCUGGUGUCAAUCAACGGCGUGUGGGGGGAACGAGUGGCCGAAAUCGCUGAGAGGAUGGGAGGUAAAGUUCACACUUUGGUAAAAAGUCCUGGUGGGCACUUCACAAAUGAAGAAAUCGAAAAGGCUCUAGCCAAACACAAGCCGGUUCUGUUUUUCCUCACACAUGGAGAGUCCUCCGCUGGCCUGGUCCACCCCAUUGAUGGGAUCGGAGAUCUGUGUCGCAAACACAACUGCUUGUUCUUGGUGGACUCUGUGGCUUCGCUGGGAGCUGCACCUCUACUGAUGGACCAACAGAAUAUUGAUAUCCUGUAUACAGGCUCCCAGAAGGCUUUAAAUGCUCCUCCAGGAACAGCUCCCAUAUCAUUCAAUGACAGAGCAUGCCACAAGAUGUUCAACAGAAAAACAAAGCCUGUGUCCUACCUCCUCGACAUGACCCACCUGUCCAACUACUGGGGUAACGAUGGGAAGCCUGCCAGAGAUUACCAUCACACCGGACCCGUCUCUGGAUUCUUCACCCUCAGGGAGAGUCUGGCCAUCCUGGCAGAGAAGGGUCUGGAGAACUCCUGGAGGCAGCAUAAAGAAGUAGCAGAGUAUCUGUGGAAGGGUAUAGAGGACCUGGGCCUGAAGCUCUUCAUCAAAGACAAGGACCUGAGGCUGCCCUCAGUCACCACCAUUGCCAUCCCUGAAGGAUACAACUGGAGGGAACUGCUGACUUACAUGAUGAAGCACCAUCAGAUGGAGAUGACAGGAGGUCUGGGGCCCUCUAUAGGCAUGGUGAUCCGAGUGGGACUGAUGGGCUACAACUGCAGCAAGCCCAACGCUGAUAAGGCUCUUGCGGCCUUGGCAGAUGCUCUGAAACACUGCCCAAAGAGCAAGGCCUAGAGACACACACUGUCCACCAAUUCCAUCAGACACAUCACUCAAAAGCACAGCCUGAAAAGGUCAUGGACACGAUCCUUGUAUGGACACCAAACACUGCAGAGGACUUUAAACAGGAGACAUAUUUAUACAGGGCUAAAAGGCUAUGUUUACACAGCAGGUGUAAAAAAAAAUAGGUUUAUUAAGAUCUUUUUGAUCAGGUGUGAACCAAAAAAAAAAAACUUAAUCUAAAAUUUUCAAUUCAAAUUAGGACCACCUUCAUAAUAUGGUAUAAUUUGGUAUGAUACAUAUCAACAUACAUACAGCUCAAAGCCAGAAAGGCCAACUCAAAAUUCCAUGAAAUAAGGCCCAUGUCGCAAUCAUGUUUCUACAACUUUCUACAAAAAUAGCUAAAAGCUGCCACAGGAGGACGCUGCUGCGGACAAGUGGGUGUGGACGCAUUCUCAGCGAUAAACCCAGCUGCAGCCGAUGAUACUCUUUGAUAGCUCCUGUAAUUCUGGAAAGGAUGAAACUGAAACUUUACGUGAAGCACGUGUUCUUUAGUGCACAAGUGUCAGGUGAAUAGUGUGAACUUUUCAGAUGCAUGUUGUUAAAAAUAAAUGGGAAAAAGUUCAUUAAAUUAAAUUCUGAUUUUGGCUACUUUACCUGCGGUGUGAACACAGCCAGCGAGUACCUGCAUAGGCUUAUUUUCAUACCUCCUUCCUGAAUGGCUUUGUGCAUAGCAACUGUGAAUACUUAUAGGCUUUGGCAGUGAAGUGAAUUAUCUGUAAUCUUUUAAAAUGAAUGCUAAUGUGUAAAUUGUACAGUAAAAUGAAAAUAUACUCGUUUCAGAACCACUGAA